CGAGACUUGGAUCAAAGAGAUGAAAGCAAGGCAACAAGAGGGAGACGCUAUCAUAGGCGUCAGUUGCCCCAGCUUUUGGCUUCAGCUUCACAAGAGAUUCCCAUGCAGAAGCUUUCUUGGACCACGACAAUGGAAGUUCUACACCACUAACGCCCUUCAUUCUUAGCUUCAUUUAGCGUCAUCGAAUUUAUCCAAACUCACAAGUGUCUUAAACCCCUGUUUCCCUCUUCUUUACCAUCUCUCCUCGCCUUUUGUCGUCUUCUCCUUCCGCCCGUCGUUACAAAUAGCCCCACCAGUAACCCGAACCUUCGUUCACCGAUCUCAUCUCUUUGUCUUCCAUGGAUUCCGUCUCUCCUGUCACUUUAGACCUCAACAAGGAGGAAGGCCACUGCAGCAACGGUGCCAUCGUCUUCGACACCUCCUUCCUCCGGAGACAAGCUAAGAUACCCGAGUCAUUCGUCUGGCCUCGCAACGAGAGGCCUCACCCACUGGAGGAGCUCGAGGUGCCCGUCGUCGACCUCCGAGGACUCUUCGAGGGCGACGAGGCCUCCAUCAGCCGCGCGGCCGAGGCCAGCCGGGCCGCAUGCGUGCGCCACGGAUUCUUCCAAGUGAUCAACCAUAAGGUUGACGCGAAGGUCUCCGGCGACGCCCUUGACGCUGCCGGGGACUUCUUCAAGCUCCCCCUGAGCACCAAACUGAGGGCCCGGAGGCAGCCCGGGAGCGCGUGGGGCUACGUCGGAGCCCACGCCGAUCGCUUCGCCUCCAAGCUGCCGUGGAAGGAGACACUCACGUUCUGCUACGACUACGGCGAGCGCGGGGAUGGUGUCGUGGACUACUUCACGUCGAAGCUCGGGGAAGGAUUCGAGCCGAUGGGGAGGGUGUACCGGAGGUACUGUGAGGCCAUGAAGGAGCUGUCGCUGUCGAUCAUGGAGCUGCUGGGGAUCAGUCUGGGCGUGGGAAGGGAGUACUACAGGCAGUUCUUCGAGGACGGGAGCUCCAUCAUGAGGUGCAACAGCUACCCGCUGUGCCAAGAACCAGAGCUGGCGCUGGGGACGGGGCCUCACUGCGAUCCCACCGCGCUGACGAUUCUGCUGCAAGACCAAGUGGGCGGCCUGCAGGUGUUCACGGAGGGCAAAUGGCAGGCCGUUCGCCCCGUCCGGAGCGCGCUGGUCAUCAACAUCGGCGACACGUUCAUGGCAUUGUCCAACGGGAGGUACAAGAGCUGCCUCCACCGGGCGGUGGUCAACAGCGAGAGGGAGCGGCUGUCUUUGGCCUUCUUCGUGUGCCCGAGAGGUGACAGGGUGGUUCGGCCGCCAAGGGAGCUGCUGCUGCUACUGGAGGAGGAGGCGGUGCCGAGGGAGUUCCCCGACUUCACUUGGACGGAGCUGCUGGAGUUCACGCAGACCCACUACAGAGCAGACACCACCACGCUCCAAAACUUUGCCCGCCGCCGGUUCCUCGCCUCCCCACCCUAACCACCACCGACCGUUCGUCGGCAUACGUACAUUUGCCGUCGCUUUUUGACUCUUCACCUUCAUGUCCGGUUGCAUGCAUGCCCAUAGAGUUCACCUCCUCCCUUUCCUGCCAUG